UAAUGGUUCACAUUGACGUAUUGAACGUACCGAACGCACCCUAAUAACAUUACUGUUGUCAGUCCGCAUGAAUAGACGUCGAGAGUCUUCAGUUCACUUCCUUAGCUAGUAUAGCCAUUGGUCGUCAAAAUUCUUACGCCACACCCUCUGACUGGGAUUACCAUAAUUCUGCCUUGAGACAUCAACAAAAUGCCCCCAGUUGUGUCCCCUCUUGGAAAUAUCCUGCAGAAUAGUAUUGAAAAUUUGUUAAUUGCAGAACAACAAGUUCAAGAUAAAGAAGCACACAGAGAAGGAGAUAAUUCAUUGGAUGAAUUUUGGAAAACUAUGAUGGUCAUAAGCCAAAAAUUAUCCUUCGAAUGUACGAAGAUAUGUAUCUGCUUUAGCAAGUCACCACCUCCUACACCAAAUGAAACUUCAAGUCUAUUAACUGCUGUAGAACAGGCUGUUUUGGCUUUGGCAUCCACAUUUUACAGACUUUCCCCCAUUCAUGGCCAAGUGCUUCGUAAUAAUGUUAGGUAUUCGUGUGUACAAGCUAUCCAAGCAGCCAGACAGCUUUUGAAGAUCAUUAAGGAUGAAGGCUGUGAAGCUGUAGGAGAGCGAUAUCGGCAAUCUACUGGCAUCGUGUGGCAAGGAUGUGACAAAAUAGAGAAAAGUCAUCGGGAUAACAAAGCUAUGGUUCUUUCAGAACUUCAGGGACAAAACACUCUCAUCACUGAUGCUUUAAAUGAAAUAUUAGAAGCAAUGGAGGGUGAUGGCAGUGGUUGGAGUGGCUUGGGAGAUGAUGAUGACAUGGAAGAGGAAGAAAAAUGGACAAAUGAAGAUAAGGAUCUAAUUAGCCCAUCAGUGAAUAUCAUUAAAUCAUCUAAGAUACUUUACAAAAGAAUUUUAGCAGCAGUUGGAAAUAAUGGGUUAUGUGACACUCCAGAACACAUCAGAGAGCUUGACGAGUUAUACGAAGAUUGCAGGCAUGUCUCAAAUACUGUGGAUACAUUAAUUUUGGAGUUAUAUCCACCACUUAAUGUUCCAAACAUGGAAGAACAGACAAACCACCUAGCAAACCUUCUGCGCACAGCACUCAAGACUGCGACCCAGAGCCACAUCAUCACUGAAACUGAACAGUCCCAGAUUGAAUUUAUUCACAAAGCAAUUGAACACAACCUUGAUCGGAUGAAGGAAAAAUUAAGUAAUCUAUGAUUUUAAUAUUUGAUCAAAUUGUUAUGUUUCCUAUUAAAGUUUUAAAAAAUUUA